AUGCAGAGAUCUGUCCAGAAAGCAAUCGUUUGGCUGGGAGCCAUAUUCGUCGCAUACCACGUGUUUUCACUUCUUUUCGCAGGACGUUCCUCGCGAAAUGGUCAUCCAAAAGCAGCUUCACAUCAAGCCUCCGCUAAGCUCAAAGGUGACCCGCAAAGAGCCGCAGCAAUUGUCGAGGCAUUUCGGUUCUCGUGGAAUAAAUAUGAGCAAUUUGCUGCGCCUCAUGAUACUUUAUUGCCUAUCAGCGAGACCUAUGAGGAUGAUCGAAAUGGUUGGGGUGCGACAGCCGUUGAUGGGCUGAGUACGGCCAUUAUCAUGGAGGACGCUGAGAUCGUGGAUAAGAUUCUCAGACAGAUCAUGCUUACAGAGUUCACUGUGACUAUUGUGCCUAAUCAGCCUAUAUCUCUCUUUGAAACGACCAUUCGCUAUCUGGGAGGUCUUUUAUCUGCUUAUGAUCUGCUGUCUGGAUCAUAUAAGCACCUCGCCACGGACAUCUAUCUAAAGAACAACUUGCUUAAAACAGCUAUUAUUCUCGCAGACAGACUCAGCAUCGCCUUCGAUACACCUUCUGGCAUUCCCGAUGAUGAGAUUAUUUUCAAUCCUCAGCUCCGCCGCUUCGGCAACAUUGACAACUCCAUCACUUGCUUCGGCACACUGGUUCUCGAAUGGACUCGAUUAAGUGAUUUGACUGGUAACCAGACCUACGCGAAGCUUGCGCAGAGAGCCCAGGAUCAUUUGAUCCAUCCCAAGACGAAGCAGUCUUUCACACUUCCAGGUCUGAUUGGGACCUACGUCAAACUCAAGGAUGGUUAUUUUGGAGAUUACCAAGCCGGUUGGGGCGGUGGCUCGGAUAGCUACUAUGAGUAUCUGAUCAAGAUGUAUGCAUACGACCCGGUUGCUUUUGCGGAGUAUGGGGAGAGCUGGAUCAAGGCGGCUGAGUCGUCGAUGCUGUAUCUGGCUUCUUCACCAUCGACGAGGCCUGAUCUAACGUUCCUGGGAGAGAUGCGCGGAGAUACCAUGAUCCCAAUCUCUAGUCACUUGGCAAGUGUUUGCGGCGGCUCGCUGAUUUUGGGUGGGCUUCUUCUACAGAACCAAACCUUCGUUGACUUUGGCGUAAAACUCUCAGAAUCAUACUAUGAAGUUUAUCGUCAAAGCCCAAGCGGUAUCGGUCCCGAACUCUUCCGCUGGGUCGACGACGGCCGUCAGCCUCUGGCAAAAGCAUCAGCCAAACGUCUCCCCGCUCCAAAAUGGCAAUCCUUCUACGAGAAGAGCGGAUACUAUCAUACCAACGCCGAGUAUAUCCUCCGGCCCGAAACCAUCGAAAGUCUGUACUACGCCUACCGCGCCACUGGAGAUCGCAAGUACCAAGACUGGGCAUGGGAGGCAUUUGAGGCAUUGAAUCGAAUGUGUAAGGUUGAAGGGGGAUAUACAGGCUUGAAGAGUGUUAUGAAGACGAAGGAUGAUAAAACGAGGAAGUUUGUUGACAAGAUGGAGAGUUUUUGGCUGGCGGAGACGUUGAAGUAUUUGUAUUUGAUGUUUGCGGAGGACUCGGAGCUGCAGGUUAGGAGUGAUGGGAAGAUGAACGUUGUCCAGUAG